AUGACUGCUUGUCAAGAUCCUUCCUGGGACCGGAGAACCGUCGAGAUUGCCGGCAACGUCUACAACUGCGAAAGCUACAGCUUCCACGAUGAUCCACGAAUUAAGGGCUGGACGAAGAUAACUCAUAACGAGGUUUUGGUCGCCAUCGAUGAAUUCUUCUUAGAGUCUCCCGGCUACGAAGUUCAGAUCCAAGGCCAACCGCAGGCCAAGAAGGAACCGGACGAAGCGUCGCGCGGUCAUUUUCACCAAAGCCUUUCACGUGUACCCACCCUCGGUGAAGAGAACUCAGCUGAGUCUCUCCUUCACGUAUCAGAAGAUCUGCCGCCGUCUCCCGCUAGAACUACAGAGGCGUCCAAGCAAAGCCCACCCGUAGUAGAGUGUACUGAAGAGGGCAGCCUUCCGACAGCCUUUGGAGGCUACGAUGGCGACCCGCCGAUUUCAACUCCGCAACUGACUUCUGAGAGCUCAGCCGCUGCGAAUAGUCCUCAAGAGUCUGACGAGGAAACCUACCAAGCUGACCAAGAUACGCUGAUGCAAGACUUUACCAUCGAUCAGUACGUGCUCAGUGAAACGCUCGCUGCAGAGGAGUCGGUCCCCAGCUCAGACGCAAAUGCCAGCAUUGAAGACAUCUACGAAUAUCCGCUUGUGACAUCCUCCAUUCAGACACCACAAUCAGCGCUCCCCCCGGAGGAGUCUGGAGCUAUUAUUGACUUAGGCAUAUCAAAUCUCUUCGCACCAGAUCACGGGAUCGGCGUCCAAACACCACCGCCGGAAGCUGUGCAGCCUGCAUCUAACGCGCCGGAUGACUCUCUAAUGGAGCCGGAAGCUCCACAGACACCUCGCGGCUCGAUAUUCGACAACGACGCCUUGACGCCCUGCACACCACGCACAUCUAGAUCCUCCCAGUCGAAGGUUGAGCAGAACGCGGCACUCGAGUUGAGCAGUGAACCGCUCAGAUGGCGUGGCUUCGAUAUCCAUGCAGACGCUGUAGCAGUUAUGGCAGUUGGCCAAAAGUCUUCCGAACAGCUAGUCCGUAAGGCGUUCGAAAACGAUUCUGUUCGGUCACCUGAGAACCAUGAACUGGCCCACGAUGCGACGCAAUCACGUUCUCCCACAGUUAUGGAGGAGCUCCAUUCCUUCGAGCGCGUCCUGAAGCCACCGACAUUCAACGAGAUUCCCGCGCUUAGGCGAAGUCCCAAUCCUUCACCGGAAAAGAGCACCAUACCUGUGUCGAUGUCGAGGCUACAUAGCCCAGAGGAUAUCUGCAGAGGUGGUGGAAGACCGCGGAAAGACGGGUCGAUCAACGUGAGAUCUCCCAAUUUUCCAUCGGUACGGAAAGCUCCAGAGCGAUACUUGCACGGGCAAUACCCGACGAAGGUGUAUAAAGCGGCGGCAGAGUCUAAUGAUCUCGGAAAUAUGAUGGAUACUGAUGGGGCCGGCGGAGGGGACACGCCAAACUACCAGGACGUCAGCAACGAGCCGACCGACCUGUUGUCGCUGCGAUCUUACGAGGGCACUAAGCUGGUGAACGAAAUCACAGAUACCUCACUCCUCUUCCCGGAGCAGGCCAACGCGAAAGUCAUCAAAGGCCGUAACAAUCAUGUAGAAGGGACCGAAGACCCGAAGAAGCUGAUGCAGCAAGAAGCUGACCCAUCACAAGAGGAACUCAAAUUAGCAGAUGCGUUGGACUACGGCAGUCCAGCUGCUCGAAGGCCGUUUACUUCCGCCCAGUACAAUUCUCAGAGCCAAAUCGGACCGCAGAUUCAACAGGCAUACCAUCCUUUGCGCUCUCAUCCUCCUAUUGCCUUCUCUCCAGUACCUGUUGUGCCUUCUCAGAGACAUUCGGUAGGUCACCAUGGCUAUAACGCCACAAUGAGCGAAGGGCAUGGUGUGAGUGUAGCAAGGCCGCCGGCUCUCUAUCCCGUUACAGGGCCCGCACCGAAUCCGGUUGCUACAGCCGCACUCUGGUCUGAUGAAAAUCCGGAUCCCGUUCAAAUACGUGAACUGAUGCAGUUGCUGGCUUCUUACAGCCAGUCAACAGCUGGUGUUGUUUUGGGUGCGGCGCCCCCUCCACCUCCACCGCACUUGCCCUGGUACAGCUCAAACUAUCUGGGUCCUACCCAGCAAGCUGGACAGCCAGAUAUUCGAACCUCCGCGCAAGGCUAUAGAGAUGGUUGGCUACCGGAACUACAUUGGCAACAGGUUCAUCAAACAUGGCGUCAUCCCGUCAAUGCAUCUGACGGCUCACAAGUACAUCCGCUUCUACCUCUCUCGUUCAGUUCGCCUGUCGCACCGACAGUCUCGCCGAUCACCCCUUAUGUCGCAACUGCUCCGUUUUCAGACUUGCCAAUCGCUCAACCGGGGCCACUGGCUAUUGGCGCCGCGACUCCGCAGCCACAUAUGGGAUCUGAUCUACCGAUGCAAUGUACGCAGCUACUCAAGACAUUUUUUCCAUCAAUUUUACACUCUCUUACACCCGAUGCGCGAACGAAGCGCAGGGCAAGUUCACCAGCCGGACCGCAGUCUACCCCGAAAACCCGUGCGGCCCCUGGCAAUCGCACGGGAGUACUGUACUCUACAGGAACGCUACAGGCUGCUGUAUCUGAAAAAAUUCGCUAUGCUACUGGCACUUCGUCUUCGCCUUCGCAUAUCAGGCCACGGACAUCUGAUGAAGAAGUGUUCUACGACGCAGAUGAGAGCCCUUUGAGUGGCACAAAGGCUGUGGCUCCAGCGUUUGAGCCACCGACGAGCAAGCAGGCUGAUAAGGAGCCCGCAGUUAGGGACGAUGAUGUCGAGCGUAAUAGGGAAGAACGAAAGAGCGCUUCGGGUGAAGUAGGGAACCUAUCAGUAUCGAGCCCUCUUUCUGACGUCCCGUCGAGUAUCGAGAAGACAAGCAUCCGCAGUGCCAUCACGGACGCCAUUGACUCCCUCUCCUCAGCCGUCGAAAACACUCAACCAAGCGCCGAGAAGUUACCGCAGACAACUUCCGCUCGAGGCCGUGGCAGCGGGCACGGACGGGGCAGGGUAACGAAGCCAACCACAGCUGCAGGAGCUGCCCGCAACCAGGCUGGCCGCGGUAGGGGUUCGGAUACGGCGACGCCCUCAGCCGGCCGCAAAGUACCGCCAGACCUGCCUGCCGUAGCAACCACUCCACCGUCCCGGGCCAGAUCGGGUGUACUCUCGCCCGCUCAAGUCAAUAGCGGAGCAUCGCAGAGGAGGGGCUGGGAGACGAGGCGCGCGAAUGCUAUGAGGAAGAAGGCUCGGGUUACUGUCAGGGGUGAGGGGACUCCAGCUGCUCUUCAAGAGUCUGGCGUGGAAGCGGAAGCGGAGGCGGAGGCGGACGUCGAAGCGGGCGAAGCGGGCGAAGUGCAGUCGGGGAUUCAGACAAAACCGAAAGGGAUAGGUGGGAAGAAGGGUACAGCUACUUCCAAGUCAGCUAGGGCGAAGGGAAAGAAGUCUGGCGCCGAUGCAGAUCACGAUGAGAGCGUCGCCGAGCCUGCAAAGCAGAAACCGAGGCGGAGUGUUAGGCAGAGUGCUAGGCUUAUUGAGGGGCCGGGUCUGGCAGAGGGUAAUCCUGGUGCAUGA